AUGAUAAUUGCUUCAUUGAAUGUCAGAGGGUUGGGAGGGAGUGUGAAGAAGAGAAAGGUGAGAGAUUUGAUUUUUCAAAAUCAAAUUGAUUUUAUGGCUAUACAGGAAUCUAAAUUGGAGAGUGUGGAUGAGAUGCUCUGUCACAGUCUUUGGGGUUCGCAAGAUUGUCUUUGGGCCGUCCUACCGUCGGAAGGGAGUAGUGGUGGGAUUAUUUCUAUAUGGAGGAAGUCAUCAUCGUCCUUGAGGCUCACUUUUAUUGGCGAAGGUUUAGUUGGAGUUUGCCUUGAAUGGGGGGUGUUGAAGAAAGUAUGUUUUGUGGUUAACGUUUAUGCGAAGUGUGAUUCGUUGGCUAAAAGGAGGCUAUGGGAGGUCUUGCUAAUGUCGAAAAGGGGGUUUGGAGCCGGGAAUUGGUGUGUUCUUGGUGAUUUUAACUCAGUGGCUAGUGGGGGGGAGAGGCGUGGGGUCUCACAAGAGUCGAAUUUCACGUCGGAUAUGAGGGAUUUUGUGGGUUUUGUGGACGGUAUGGAGCUGGUUGAUUUACCGUUAUUAGGCCGUCAUUUUACUUGGUUUCAUCCGAGUGGGAGGGCGAUGAGUCGGAUUGAUCGAGUUUUGGUGUCCGAUGAUUGGCUUGGUUGUUGGGGCAAAGUUCCUUAUGGGUGUUACUCCGUGACGUGUCUGACCAUUGUCCGUUAUUACUCAAGCAGAAUGGGUAUGAUUGGGGUCCCAAACCUUUUCGUUUUAACAACGCGUGGCUAG